AUGAUAUUCACACGUGGAGUGUCCCUGACCAAUUUCGUUAUUGCCUCUUCAGCGUUGGGCUUCCAGGUUUUUGUCCUCUACCCAUGGCACAAACGGUUGGACGAGGACUUUGAGCGACUGAAAGAGGAGCAUAUCCAGAUCCUACAUCAAGACAAGGAGAUCCGACUUAGCGAAUUGAGGGGGAUUAAUGAGCAACUCAAGAGGCUCGGCAAGAUUGAUGACCAGAGUGAGAGUAUUCGCGGCCGAAUAUAA